GGAGGCAAGAACAGGAGACGUGGAAAGAACGAGAGCGACAAGGACAAGCGUGAGCUCGUCUUCAAGGAGGAUGGCCAGGAGUACGCCCAGGUUGUUCGCAUGCUCGGAAACGGUCGCCUUGAGGCCCGUGCCUUUGAUGAUGCCAACACGAUGCGUCUUGUACACAUCCGUGGAAAGCUGAGGAAGAAGGUCUGGAUCAACAACGGCGACAUUAUCCUUCUGUCACUACGCGAGUUCCAGGACGAGAAAGGCGAUGUCAUCAUGAAGUACUCCGCAGACGAGGCCAGAAACCUCAAGGCCUACGGCGAGCUCCCGGCCAACGCCAAGAUCAACGAGACCGACCUCAUGGGCGAGGUUGGCGACGACGAUGCCGGCUUCGAGUUCGACGAGGACAGAGACGAGGACGAGGACAGCAGCGAUGACAAGGAGCUCAACGUCGACGACAUUUAA